AUGACUCUAACCCACGUGUCGGGAGCUCUCGUGCUCCUUCUCCGGCUCGUAGCAACGGCCCUCGCAACCGUCACCAGAUACACCGUCCCCAUCCCAGCAGGAACGCUCAUCCUGGAGACCCGCCAGCAGCUCCACGACAUGGCGGCCGCCUACUCGAUGGGGACCUUGGAUGAUCGCAACGGCGGCUAUUACCUGCUCGACCACGACGGCGAAGUUCUGGCCGUGGCAGCAGACGGCUUGUGUGCAGAGCUCGACGGUUCGAUGAGAUCGGCGAGCAGAGUCCACGAGCAGCGCUCGCGCUCGGAUUCAUCCAGCGGAGAAUUCCGGGAGGUUACCCUCCAGAGUCAUGAUGGACCGCUCCCGAGACUGAUGGCAACUCAUGUUCUCAUCCUCGUUGUUAUACGCAUGCGCUGUGUGAAACUUAUAGUGAUUGCUUCGUAUGCUCUUCGAAUCAUCAUUGGUGUUACUAAUGCUGGGGGGGGGGGGAUUGCUGUGAGAUUUUUUUAG